AACGGUGUUAUACUGUAAGACACGGUCCAUUACUCUUAACCUAACCUCUACAAUUUUCGAAAAAAAUUAGCUUCCUUGUUUAUUUAUAGAUCCAAUUAUCCCUGUUUAUUGAUUCUCGAUCUCUCCAGAGAAAUCUAAAAUGGAUGACAAGACAAACGGAAACCUUAACAACAAUUUUAAUGGGGAAGAAUCGAGUCCUCUCUUGAGCAAGACUUUUCAAGAUGAAGACAAGAAACCACCCACCAAAGCUCCUAUUGCUGAUUCUCCGGUGGAGAAACCGGCGCCACCGCAGUUGGGUCAGCCUGAAUAUGGAUGGACGGCUAAUGGAUUGCCUUUGAGCCAUGGGAGCGUCGUUGGUGAGCCUAUGGGUCGUGCUCAGUGGCAUUCCAGCCUUGGUGCUUGUCUUGGUCGUAAUGAUGAGUUUUGUAGCAGCGAUCUUGAAGUUUGUCUUCUUGGAAGUGUUGCCCCCUGUGUGCUGUAUGGAAGCAAUGUUGAGAGACUCGGAUCUACCCCUGGAACCUUUACCAACCACUGCUUGCCUUACACUGGUCUUUAUUUGAUUGGUAAUUCAUUUUUUGGUUGGAACUGCCUUGCACCAUGGUUUUCAUAUCCUAGUCGCACGGCUAUGCGUCGAAGGUUUAACUUGGAGGGUAGCUGCGAGGCACUUAAUAGGUCAUGUGGUUGCUGCGGAAGCUGUGUGGAAGAUGAGAUGCAACGUGAACACUGUGAAUCAGCCUGUGAUUUUGCAACCCAUGUGUUCUGCCAUCUAUGUGCUCUAUGCCAGGAAGGCCGUGAGAUCCGUCGCAGGGUGCCUCAUCCAGGGUUCAAUGCUCAACCAGUCUUGGUUAUGAUCCCUCCUGGGGAGCAGGCUAUGGCCCGAGGCAUCUAGAUGCAAACUUUGUUGGCGUGGAAAACUGAUAUUGUCUAGAAAUAUAUAUAAUGCUGCGACAUUGUAAUACUUUUCUUUGUGAAAUUGUCUCGAUGACUCGUAUAGCAUUGGAAGACCUUUUAUUGGUAUCAUAAGUAACGGAGUGGUGUACAUGUAUACAUUGUUAACUAGAUAUAAUAUUUGUGGGUUUUUGCUGUA